AUGGCGCGGAAGAAGAUCCGGGAGUACGACUCCAAGCGCCUCCUCAAGGAGCACCUCAAGCGCCUCGCAGGCAUCGACCUCCAGAUCCUCUCCGCGCAGGUCACACAAUCAACGGAUUUCACGGAGCUUUCAAACCAGGAGCCAUGGCUCUCGUCGAUGAAGUUGGUUGUUAAACCUGACAUGCUGUUUGGCAAGCGUGGGAAGAGUGGCCUUGUAGCCCUCAACCUAGAUCUUGCUCAAGUCCGCCAAUUUGUCAAGGAGCGGUUAGGAGUUGAGGUCGAGAUGGGUGGAUGUAAGGCUCCAAUUACAACAUUCAUAGUCGAGCCAUUUGUGCCACACGAUCAAGAGUAUUAUCUCUCAAUUAUGUCAGACAGGCUUGGUUGCACCAUUAGUUUCUCAGAGUGUGGUGGUAUUGAGAUUGAGGAGAACUGGGACAAGGUUAAGACAAUAUUUCUUCCAACAGAGAAGCCAAUGACACUUGAUGCAUGCGCUCCAUUGAUUGCCACUCUUCCCUUGGAAGUCCGCACGAAAAUAGGCGAUUUCAUUAGAGGGUCAUUUUCUGUUUUCCAAGACUUGGAUUUCUCAUUUAUGGAGAUGAACCCAUUCACCCUGGUAAAUGGUGAACCAUACCCUCUCGACAUGAGAGGUGAACUGGAUGACACAGCUGCUUUCAAGAACUUUAAGAAGUCCCUUUUUUUUCCAAUUUACAGGUGGGGUGACAUUGAGUUCCCUCUACCUUUCGGAAGAGUCCUGAGCCCAUCAGAAAGUUAUAUCCAUGAACUGGAUGAGAAGACAAGCGCAUCACUGAAAUUCACAGUUCUUAACCCGAAAGGUCGCAUUUGGACAAUGGUUGCAGGUGGUGGUGCUAGUGUCAUAUAUGCUGACACGGUUGGAGAUUUGGGAUAUGCUUCAGAGCUAGGGAAUUAUGCAGAGUACAGUGGAGCUCCUAAAGAGGAGGAGGUUUUGCAUUAUGCUAGAGUGGUUUUGGAUUGUGCCACUGCUGAUCCUGAUGGCCGGAAGAGAGCUCUUCUCAUUGGAGGGGGUAUCGCAAACUUCACUGAUGUCGCUGCUACAUUCAGUGGCAUCAUUCGGGCUUUAAGAGAGAAGGAAUCCAAAUUAAAGGCUGCAAGGGUGAACAUUUAUGUUCGGAGAGGUGGUCCAAACUACCAAACUGGGCUCGCCAAAAUGCGUGCUCUAGGAUCAGAGCUUGGUCUUCCAAUUGAGGUCUAUGGACCAGAGGCCACAAUGACUGGAAUCUGCAAGCAAGCCAUUGAUUGCGUCAUGGCCGAAGCAUGA